CCCGGGUUUUGUGUCGUCUGUUUUGUUCUCCGUGUAUGUCAGAACGCUGAGAAACGUCAAACUUGUGAGUUAUUUCGGGUUAUUUCCAAGAGUAUAAAAAUACAAGUGUUUCGAGAAAUUUAAGUGAAACUUGUGAUAAAUAUUGUGUGCGAAGAGAGUGAAUUUUUGAUUUAAUGAAAAAGUGUUGGAGGGAAUUUUAGGAGAAAUUUGAUGAUAAAUAAAAAAUGCCGCUUCACAGAUAUACACACGCAGUUCUCUGCAGAAUUCCACUUUCUUUAGGAACGAAAGGCGAGGUCAAUGUGGAUGAAGCACGUUCACAGCAUUCAGCACUAGCUGAACUUUUACGUGAAUUUGGAAUUGAUGUUGUUGAAAUGCCACCCGACGAAAGUUCACCACUUUGCGCUUUCGUUGAAGACAUUGCUGUUGUUUGUAACGGUAUUGCACUCAUAGCUCGACCUAACGAACCAUCUCGCAUCAAAGAGGUGGACAGUAUUAAAGCGGUUUUAAAGAAAGAAUUGGAAAUUCCUCUCGUUGAAAUUGCUGAUAAAAAUGCUAGACUCGAUGGUGGUGAUGUUUUAUUCACAGGGCGUGAAUUUUUCGUUGGAUUGUCCGCUCAGACAAAUGAAGCAGGAGCACGUGCUAUUGCCGCAGCUUUCCCAGAAUAUCCUUGCGUGCCUAUUAAGGUUGCUGAAUCGAAACGUUUAAAAUCAUUAGUUUCAAUGGCAGGACCGGAUGUCAUUUGCGUUGGUUGCGGUAAAGAGGCUCAAGAGGUUUUAAAAAGAAUCGAAAGAGAGGCGACUUACAACUAUCAAACUCUCACGGUGCCAGAGGAUUUUGCGGCAAAUGUUCUUUACGUGAAUGGAACAUUGAUUCAUCGAUCGGAGGAGGAAAUUCCCGAAUCAAGUAAAGUAUUUGAGGAGAGAGUUGAAUUUCCCACAAGAUCCCUUCACAUGACUGAAUUAGCCAAAGUCAGUUCAGGUCUGUCAUCUUGUUGUUUAUUAGUCCGUAGACCGCGUCACAUUCGUAAUAUUUAAAAAGUCACUUUAUCCAAAUUCCAAACAAAGGAAAAAUUAAAAUCUAUCUAUCAAUUCUCUUAAACAGAAGCUAGUAAAAAAGAAACAAAAAAAAAAUUAGAGAAACUAGAAUCGUGACAUUUUUUUCGAAAAAUCUAUUUUCUGCAGUUCAGUACGAACUAGAGUUACCGAUGAUUAUUACAAUUAUAAUGAAUUCAAUACAAAAACUGCCAAUAAUUGUUUUGAAAAAGAAUUUUAAAAAAAGAAUCUAUAAAAAGAAAAAGCACAAAAUGUGAGAGAACGAAACGACUGAAGUAUUAAAUAUCGAAAAGUUUAAUAUAUUUCAUAUUAAUAUAUUGAUGAAGGAAUAUCAAGAGAAAUAAUAUAUGAAGACCGUUGAACAAAGUUUACUUCUAACUCUGAUUUUCAAGAAAAUACAAUUUAUACGAGACAUUUUUUAUUUCCUCCAAAAAAAAUACUCUCAAGAAAUUUUAACUGUUUAAAGAACGGGAUACUUGAGCCCUAUUUACAGAUUUUAAAUGUCUAAUAAAAUAAUAUUCAUAGAUUGUUGCCAAUUUUACAAAACAAAAAUAAUAAUCAUAGAUGUUUUAGAAAAUGAGAAAGUACAGUCUAUAUACUAGAAAAUGAUAAAAAAAAAGAUUCACAAUUUUCGCCAAGAGAUGUGCUCUAAUGACUGAAAUGACUUUCCAAUAUAAUAUUGAAAAAAACGGUAUUUUACGUACCAAAAGUUUGACUGAUAUUCUCUAUAUAUAUAGAUAGAUUAUUAAUGAUUAAAUGAACUCAAUUAAUAUGAGAAAAACAUGAGGUUUUAAACUUCAAUUAUUAAACAUAUUUCGAGAAAUAUUUAACAAUGACGUUUUAAACGUCAAUUUGGAAUUAUAGAAGCUGAAGGGCUUAAGUAUGCUUCUAGUCUAUAAAAAAAAUGUGUUCCAAGAACUUUAAAACUAUUACUCAAUCGUACAAAAUGAAAUCUAUUUUAUUUUUGUGUCAAUAUUAUAAUUAGUGCGAUGAUGUAAUAACUAUUUUUUUAUGAAAGUGGUUGAAAUUUUCAUAUAAACCUCAGUAAUUAAUUUUUUAAAAAUAUUAUUGACGAAAUUUUAUUUUUAAUUUUUAUUUUUAUCAGAUUUUAUUUUUAU